AUGGGUAUUUAUUCGAUGUCGAUAACUGACAGUGUUACACUGCUAGGAGAAGAAAUUGCACGGGAAGCAAGUUAUUUGUUUGCAUAUUUUCGGAAUGUUCUAGCAAUCGUCGGGAUGAUCUAUGUGGCCUACAAAGUGUCCAGGUGCACCUCUAGAAUUGUUGAGGCGAUUCAAAUGCAUUUGAUUGGUCAACGCAGUGACAAGUGGGUGGAGAAAUAUGGUCCUUGGGCCGUGGUCACGGGCGGCAGUGAAGGAGUGGGCCACGCAUACGCUUACGAACUGGCUGCAAGGGGUCUCAACAUAGUCUUGCUCAGUCGCAAUGAAAGCAAACUUAAAGCAGCUAAAGCUGACAUUGAGUCCAGCUACCCCGUGACAGUUGAGUACAUCGUGGCAGACUUCGCCUCGGAAGCUCAGACAGAGUUGUACAAGAAAAUUGAGCAAAAGCUGGCCGAUAAGGACGUUGGUCUUUUGGUGAACAACGUUGGUGUCAUGUACGACUACCCGGAUGUGUUGCUCAACAUCAGUAGCGAGAAGCUUUGGCAGUUGAUACAUGUCAAUAUCGGAGCAGCCACAAUGAUGACUCACAUGCUGUUACCACAGAUGAUCAAACGUGGCAAAGGAGGGAUUGUGGUCAUCUCGUCAGGUUCAGCCACUCAUGCCACGCCGCAUAUGACAGUCUACUCCGCAACGAAGCGGUAUCUGGACUGCUUCAUCCAAGGCCUGGCCUACGAGUACCGGAACUCAGGCAUCACCUUCCAAUGUUUGGUUCCGUUCUUUAUUGUAACCAGCAUGAUGGACUACAGUAAGAUUCUCACCCAUCUAGGGAUGAUAGCGCCCUCUGCUGCAGUCUAUGCCAAGAGUGCCGUGGGAACACUGGGGCAGUCUUUUUGUACUGCGGGCUAUUUCCCCCACACUCUACAGUUGUGGAUUGCAAAGGCGGUGCCCAACUGGCUUUGGAUGUGGGGGUCUGAAAAAGUCAACAGUUUUCUCCGGAGAGAAGCCUUAGACCGGAAUGAACUGCAGCAGCAGAAGGGUGACAAAGACAAGAUCUCUAAAUAUAAAAUAGAGAUUAAUCGGGAACAAUCCCUAGAACAGUCCCAUUAA